AUGCCGUUUGAGUGGAGUUUUAGCGAUAAGUUUAGUGGCCAACUAUGCCUUCAGAGCAAUGCCUUACAGCAGAGGAAAGCCGUCAAUGCGUUCAACACAUUGAUCCGCAACUACUCGGCCGCCGCCUACACCACCCGAUACGCCGACUACGAGACCCUCGAGGUGUCGGCCCCUUUCGAUCACGUACUGCACGUCCAGCUGAACCGACCGGACAAACGAAACUCAAUGAACCGCGACUUCUUCCGCGAAGUCUUCUCGUGUUUCAACGAAAUCAAUGACGACAAGCAAUCGCGAGUUGUGGUCAUAUCGGGCGCCGGCAAGACCUUCUCGGCCGGCCUCGACUUCAACGAAUGCAAAAAUAUAGAUAAUAAUUAUCAUUAG